AUGUUAUUCAUCUUAAUAAUAAUCGUUCAAUUGAUCAAUGGUAUAAAGAUCAAUAAUCAAUUUGUUGAAGAACCAGAAGAUGUUGAAACAAUAAUUGGAUCAACAUUAAUUCUUCCUUGUCGAACAGAUCCAGUUCAUCAAAGUCAAGUUAAUUGGUGUAAAAAUGAUUUUUGCACAUUAGGAAAAACCCGAGAUUUACCAUUUUAUCCUCGUUAUCAAAUAAUUGGUCAUGCUCAUCAAGGUGAACAUCAUUUUAAAAUAGUUAAUGUAUCAUUAGAAGAUAUGGGAAUGUAUCAAUGUCAAAUAUUAGCUGGACCUCGACGAGCUGGUUCAAUGUCUCGAAAAGCUAAAUUAACUGUUUUACAAAUUCCAACAAGUUUAUCAAUUGAUAGUCCAAUUGUUUUAUUAGAAAAUGUUUUAUCAUAUAUUGUAUGUCGAUCAUAUAAUGGUAUGCCUGAAGCAAAACUUUCUUGGCAUAUUCCAAAAUCUUUAAAUUAUAUAUCAAAAAAUGAUUAUGCUCUUUUAUCUGGUCAAUCAUUAAGAAAUUCAAUAUCAAAUAUAACAUUAAUAGCAAAUAGAUCUCAUCAUGGUUUAAGAAUUAAAUGUCAAGCAGAUUCAUCAGCUAUUCAAUUAAAUAAUAAAACAAUGAUAACUCAAGAAUAUAUUCAAACGAUUUUUCGACCUGAAAUAAAUAUUAGUUUAAUUGGUGAACAAAUCGAAAAUAAUCUUAUAUAUAUUGAAUGUAAUGUUAUUUGUCGACCGAAAUUAAUUAAUAUAGAAUGGUUUAAUGGAAGUUCUUUAUUAAAUAUAACUAGUGAUUAUCGUUUACCAAUAUUAUUAACAAGAUAUAUGCAUAAUAAUAAUAUUAUUUGUCAAGCAACAAAUCAAGUUGGAAAAGAAAAUCAAUCAAUUAAACUUGAUAUUAUUUAUAAACCAAUAUUUAUAGAUAAAUAUGGAAAUGAAUUAAAAAAUAUUUCAGUUCUAUUAGUUAAUGAAGGAGAAUCAGUUGAAUUGGAAUGUUUGCUUGAUUCAUCUCCAUUAUCAUUAAUAAGUUGGAUAUUUAAUGGAGAAAUUCUUUCAAUUAAUAAAACAACAUAUUAUAUUGAUUAUUUUAUAUCAAAUCAACAUAUUGGUUAUUAUAUAUGUUCGGCAUAUCAUUAUUUAUUUGGAACAUUUAAUAGAACUAUUAGAAUUUCAUUAAAAGGUCCACCAGAAAUUAUUGAAGAAAAACAAAUUGAUACUGUUUAUAUUGGACAAUCGGUGACAUUUGUUUGUUCAAUUUCAAAAGAUAUUCCUAUUCAGGAAAUAUAUUGGUUACGAGAAGAUCAAUCAAAACUAAAUUCCAAUGAUAAAUAUGAAAUAAGUGAAAAUGAAGAUAAUGAUUUAAUUAAAUAUAAAUUAUUAAUUAAAAAUAUUUUAUUAUCUGAUAGAGGUUCUUAUAUAUGUAGAGGAUUAAAUCAAUAUGGUUCAUCUCAAACGAUAUUUCAAUUAAAAGUUAAUCAUUUAAAACAUUUUUUUAUUCAACGUCUUUUUUUCUAUGGAUCAAUUAUAAUUGGAUUAUUUAUUUCUGUUUUUUUUAUUAUUUUAAUAUUUAUUUAUCAUUAUAAACAAAUUCGAAAUAAAAGAAUAAGAAAAAAAUCUUCAACAACAGAUGAAACAAUAUCAUCAUUAGCUAAACAACAAGAUUUUAUUCAACAUGAUUAUCAUCAAGAUAAUAAUUCAAUUAUUCAUCAAUAUUUAAAUGAUCAACAAUUUAUUGAUAAUCAUACAAAUGAUGUAUUAGAUUCUUGUCAACAUGAUUUAUUUUAUUUAAAAAACAAUCAAAAAAGAUAUUCAACUGUUGUUUAA